AACAAUGCGCCAAAAUGACGAGGUCAACCAAUCGGAUCCUCCAGGCGAACAUAAACCACUGCGCCGGGGCGCAAGAUCUCCUCCUGCAGUCCAUGGCGCAGUGGUCGAUAGAUGCUGCCGUGGUCGCCGAGCCGUACUACGUCCCCCCCAGCCACAACUGGGCUGCGGACCUGGAUGGCUUGGUGGCCAUUAUUACAAAAGCAGGGGUAGAGGGCAUACCGCCCCCCUCCACGUUGUCGAGGGGCCGAGGCUAUGUGGCUGUCCUCUGGGGCGAAAUUACCCUGAUCGGGGUAUAUUUCUCCCCCAACAGAAGAGUCUCCGAGUUCGAAGCCUUCCUCGGCCAGCUGGCGGCUCUUGUUGCGCAGACCCAACCGCGCCAGGUAGUAGUCGCAGGGGACUUAAACGCCAAAUCCAUGGCCUGGGGCUGUCCCGCAACCGACAUCCGUGGAGACCUGUUAGAGGAGUGGGCGACGAUGACCGGUAUGUCGGUUCUGAACCGAGGGUCGGCCAGCACCUGCGUGCGCUGGCAGGGAGAAUCCAUAGUAGACGUGACGUUUGCGACCCCGGCACUCGCGACCCGCGUCCGUGGCUGGAGAGUACUGGAGACGGUGGAGACAUUAUCAGACCAUUUGUACAUCCGGUUUGAUGUCUCCACGUCCUCCGGAGGCACGACAGACACGGAUCGUCGUCCGAAUGGCCGUGCUGCGACCCCUUAUCCUCGUUGGGCCCUGAACAGCCUGGAUCGUGAAGCGGUGGAGAUAGCGUCCCUCGUCCAGGCCUGGACAACAUCUCCUGGGCCUGUGGAGACCGAGGAGGAGGCAGCCUGGUUCCGCGAAGCCAUGUCACAAGUCUGUGACGCAGGCAUGUCACGAGCCAAGCCACGGCCUCCGAAGCGUCAAGUGUACUGGUGGUCGCGAGAAAUCGAAGAACUCCGAUCCUGCUCCAACAGGGCGAGACGCCAGUACACACGGUCCCGUCGACGCAGACACCGAGACGUUGAAGAGGAGACGCGGCUGUACGGUGCCUACAGGGAGGCGGUCAAGGCGCUGCAGCUCUCCAUCUGCGAGGCAAAGGCGAGCGCCAGAGCGGAGCUUCUCGAGACUCUAAACCGAGACCCAUGGGGGAGGCCGUACAAGACGGUCAGGGGUAAAUUACGCCCUUGGGCCCCCCCCUUGACAGAGAGUCUCGAGCCUCGACUACUGGGGGUGGUUGUUUCCAACUUGUUUCCGAACAGACCGGAACACCAGCCCCCAGAAAUGGCACCUCCCCAUCAGCUCGCAGGGUUUGAGGGUGCGGAAGUCGGGGUGCCUCCGGUAACGGAGGCAGAGCUAGACGCAGCCGUGCGGAGGCUAAAAGCCAAAAACACGGCACCGGGUCCAGAUGGGAUCCCAGGACGCGUCCUGGCUUUGGCGCUGCGGUCCCUAGGGGAGAGAUUCCGCGGGCUACUGGACGCCUGUCUACAGUCCGGCCGAUUUCCGACCAUAUGGAAAACCGGCCGGCUCGUCCUCCUAAAAAAGGAUGGGCGUCCCGCGGACUCUCCAUCCGCCUACCGUCCGAUCGUAUUGCUCGACGAGGCUGACAAGCUCUUCGAGCGCAUCAUCUGCUGUCGCCUCGUUGAGCACCUCCGAGGAGUAGGACCUGACCUGUCCGAGCAUCAGUUCGGAUUCCGAGAGGGCAGGUCGACCGUAGAUGCAGUCGCGCGCAUCAAAGCCCUCUCGGAUGAGGCGGUUGACCACGGUGGGGUUCUCCUGGCGGUGUCCUUGGAUAUCGCCAAUGCCUUUAACACCCUGCCGUGGUCGUGCAUUAGGGAGGCGCUGAAAUACCACAAAGUGCCUCCAUAUUUGUGCCAAAUAGUCGGGGCCUACCUCUCGGAGCGGUGUGUGGAGUAUCCGGUCCGGGGCGGCGGGAUUACAAGGUGGGAGACGUCGUGCGGUGUUCCACAGGGCUCGGUCUUAGGGCCGCUCCUGUGGAACAUUGGGUACGACUGGGUGCUGCGGGGGGAGCUUCUCCCGGGGUCAAGUGUGACCUGCUACGCAGAUGACACGCUGGUCACGUCCCGGGGGACCUCGUACCGGGAAGCAGCACGCCUCGCCACCGUGACGGUGGCACAGGUGGUGAGGCGGAUAACGAUGCUGGGUCUGGAGGUGGCGCUACACAAGUCUGAGGCGCUCUGCUUCCACGCAGCCCGGAAGGCGCCGCCUGCAGGAUCCAGCAUCGUCGUUGGUGGCACCCGAAUCGAGGUAAAGUCCGACAUGAAAUAUCUCGGACUUGUCCUCGAUUCCCGAUGGAACUUCCGCGAGCACUUUGCCCGCCUGACCCCCCGACUAAUGGCAGCAUCGGCCGCACUGAAGAGGCUGAUGCCCAAUAUCGGGGGGCCGGACGUAGCGAGCCGCCGUCUGUAUAUGGGGGUGGUGCGAUCGAUGGCCCUGUACGGGGCGCCGAUCUGGGCGGGGAAUCUGGCGGCCCAAAAUAUCGCCCUGCUGAGAAAGGCUCAGAGGGCGAUGGCCAUCAGCGUCGUACGCGGGUACCGCACCACCUCAUAUGAUGCGGCGUGCUUGCUGGCGGGAACGCCUCCUUGGGAUCUGGAGGCGGAGGCCCAAGCGUCUCUGUACGAGUGGCGCAGGGAGCUCCGGCUGCGGGAGUUCCAUCCUGCGCCUAGGGAGAUAGAGGCGCAAAAGCUCCUCGUCCGGCAGUCCAUUGUCCUCCAAUGGGAGGAGCAACUGGCUGGACGCGAGGAAGGGCACAGGACUGUCGAGGCGGUCCGGCCGGUCCUACAAGACUGGCUGGAGAGAGAGCGGGGCUCGCUAACCUUCCGGCUGGUGCAGGUGCUCACGGGGCAUGGCUGUUUCGGGAGCUACCUGCACCGGUACGCAAGACGGGAGGAGACGGCGGAGUGCCACCAGUGUGGCUGCGGCGAGGACACGGCGCAGCAUACCCUGGAGGAAUGCCCAGCCUGGGAGGGGCAGCGCCGCGAACUCGCGGCAGUGGUGGGGAACGACCUCUCCUUGCCAGCCGUAGUUAAGGCUAUGGUUGCCGACGAGAGGUCGUGGAAAGCGGUCCUCUCCUUCUGCGAGGAUGUAAUGUCGCAGAAGGAGGCAGCGGAGAGGGAAAGGGAGGCCAGUGAGCAAUCGCGCCGAUGGGAUGCGUGGCUGGAGGGAGUCCAGUCCCGAGCGUGCGGGGGAGCCCACCCCUUAAAAAAGCUAAUCAUGGAGAUCGGCAACUUUAAAAUUCUCCGGGCGGGUACCCAAUCCCGUUCACUCGCUUCGGCGGGUGAGAGCCCCGUCGUAUACGGAGGGGGCAAAAGUUGCUUCGUGGGCCGGCGGGAUGCCGGCUCUCGUGAACACGACAUUGGCUAUGAACAAACGGAACUCGAUUACGCAAGCGAUAUGGAUAUUUUGCGGAUGAGGGGAGGAAACUCUGAAGACGAGGAGGAAAGGGUCUUUUUCCCGCGAAGCUCCUUGGCGCGUUCGCCCGUGCAGGGGCCUGUCCCUGCACAGGCGAACGUGUCACAGCACAGUCAAUGUGUGGACUAUCCAAGCCCACGCAUUGACCUCAGCUUGCCCGAGCUGCAGAUUCCUCCGUUUGGAGGGGUUGACGUCCUAACAGAGGCAAGGGACAGGCAGGGCCGCUUUAUACGGCGUGUGCCAAGUGCAACUCCGAGCACCGCCACAGAAGUAGGGGCAAGACAGGAGGAGCCACGCGCACUACUGGCGCUCGAGGGAGGCCGUGAGGCCAGGUUCGAGAGGGUCGCCAAAGUCCUCCUGACCCGAAUAGACCCAGGGAUUCUAGCGGGAGGGGGGGGUGACUCGGACGGCACCACGUACAUGGUGCGGUCCAGCCCGUCGCCGGUGACUCCCCCCCCCCCUAGUCGCCAUGGGAACCCGACCACGGAACGUCAAGGAACCGACGUGGAGGGGAAGGCUCCAACGGGCAACCCCAGAAACCGGGGAAAGGGAAAGGUGCGCCCACGGAUGCCGACCCCACUCAAACCCGCGGGCCCAGUGCCAAUUUCGGACGUGGAGACAACGGAGGGUGAAGAGUGGAGUGGUGGGAGGAUGUGGCAGGACCGCCCAGAAAAAAGACCUCGACCAUCCGACUCGGACUCUAUGCCAGGCUCCAGCGGAGAUGAGGGACGCCGUUCAACCGGCAGCGGGGGCUCAUCCCAAGCCUCUAAACGCCGGGGCCGCCCCCCCACGACUGGGAAUUACAUGGGCAUGGCUAAGGCAAGAGAAGCUUAUAACCGUGCCCUCCGGGAAGAGGCUCGCCUCGAGGCGGAGAAAGAGCUGGAACAAAUGGAAAUCCGAACGCGGCAAGGGUUCCGCAAAGACACCAUUCCUCGGCCUGGGGCGAACCCCGAAGAAGAGCCCGGCAUACGGGACCUGAGACGACAGGUCGCGGAUAGUGUGGCUGUCAUCGAAAGGGUGGCAGCCACAUCAAAGAAUCUGAAGGGCCCGUACAUCCGCCGCCUAAAAGACGCCUCGUCGGCAAUCACGGAUGCGUUUGCUGAACUCAGCCAACGCACAGCCACCGAGGAAACGACGCGGCUUCAGGCCGACAACGACCGGCUGAGGGGGGAGAUGGCCAGUCUCCGAAAAGAAAUGGCCGAAAUUAAGGCCCAAAUGGAGGCGAUGCGUCAGCAGGGCAGUGCUGCAUCCUCCCUACCCGGACAGGAUAGGAGUUCGAAGACGGUGGCCGAACAGAGCAAAACCUCGGCGCCUCUGACGAAGGAGAUCUGUCGCGUGGUCAUGGCCCAGGUGACGUCGUACCUGGACGCCCACAUGACCACAAUCAAAGACAGACUCCUCCCUCCGUCCGGCGCGAGGCUCGCGGGCGCUUCCUCGAAGGCCCUGGUCUCGCCUAUGGUGCCUGCAAAGGGACCUUCCUCCUCAGGCUCUGUGGGGAGGGAGAAGAAGAAGAAGCCCCGGAAGGGAAGCUCCGCCCAGGAAAUCCCGGCCCCGGUAAUGCCAGGCUCCGCCGCUGCUGCGCUGGCGCCUGCACCUGCCACGUCAACCUGGUCCGAGGUAGUAAAGAAGGGGAAAAAGGGAAAGCCCAAGGGUGCAAAAAAGGAGGUGAGCCCGAAUACGAACAAGGCUCCACCAAAGAAAGCCCGGAAGCUUCGCCUUCCUAACACAUCAGCGGUGGUGCUGACACUGAUACCCCAGGCCGAUAGCAGCACGAGCUACGCCGCCGUACUCAACGAGGCUAAAAGCAAGGUCGACAUUGACUCGAUGGGGAUCGCGGGUGUUCGGAUCCGAAGGACCGCCACGGAUGCCCGCGCCUUCGAGAUCCCCGGAGCGGCGAGCGGCCAAAAGGCAGAUGAUCUGGCCGCCAAACUGCGGGAGGUACUGGACCCUGCCCUGGUCCGUAUAUCUAGGCCCACCAAAUGCGCGGAGAUGCGCAUCUCGGGCCUGGACGACUCCGUACUUUCCUCGGAAGUGGUGGCGGCGGUAGCAAAGGAAGGUGGCUGCGCAGAGGAGGACAUCAAGUCCGGGGAGGUCACGCUCGGCCCUUCGGGGUUGGGUACGGUGUGGCUGCGGUGUCCUAUCGCAGCUGCCAAAAAGGUGGCGCAGGGCGGACGGGUCCGCGUGGGGUGGGUGUCGGCGCAGGUCAGACUGCUCGACAGUCGGCCCACGCGAUGCUUCCGAUGCUUGGAAGUGGGACACGUGCGUGCGAAGUGCAAGUCGGAGGUGGAUCGGAGCCUUAUAUGUUACCGUUGCAGUGGGACGGGCCAUAUCGCGCGUGACUGCAAUGCCACCGCGCAUUGCUCAUUGUGCGCCGCUGCGGGCAUCCGUGCAGACCAUAGGGUGGGAAGCAAAACAUGCAACCCACCCAAACGGAAGAAAACUGCUGCAGGUGGCCCCGGAGCCUCUACGCAGCCAAGUCCCCCACGAAGGCCUGAGCCUGGGGUCGAGGAGGAUCGGACAGCCAAUGGCUAG